CUCCCAGCUCCCAUUGCCCUUUGUGAAUAGCUGACGUUUUGCAUGUAGUCUUGCUGGGUCCCAGAUAGCCUCUGAAUCUGGUUCACAAACCAUAGAGAGUGGUGCUGGUUAUGGAGCCAAAGCACUCGACUUCAAGGAAUGAUCUUGCCAAAGUGAGCUAAAUUUCAGCCGUCGCCCUGGGUAUAAACCCACUCCCAGAGAGAAGCCCCUCUUCAGGAGUGGACUCAAGGAGAAGGCUGAAAUUCAGGCUGUUUGCCGGGAGAUUUCCGAACUUUGUGGGAUUUUGUCAGGGUGUUAUUGUAGUGUAAAGGUUUAUAAAAUCGUACCAUUUUUAAUUUGCUCGAUAUUAUUACCCUCGAUAGUUACAGCACUUGAUGUGACGAAAAUGUUGUAUGUCAUCGCACAGAAAACAAAAUAAGUAGAGAAGUUUGUCAUAUUUGUAUGGGACUAUACAUGUGCCUGUACUUUAAUACUGUAAUUAUUUUGGUCUAAAACGAAUUAAACAGCGGACCCCAGGACUACCCUUGCGGGAAAUUCCGGUAUCCCAACCCUCCGUCCCUUCCUCGUAUUAACCGGAAGUGACGCUAACCACACGUGGAGAGUAUAUGAUGUCACGAUUGAAUGAUGUCGAAUAUUAGCUCGGCAAGUGAAAAUUGUUUCGCAAAGUUUUGAAGACGCUGAACUUAAAAUCUGAAAUCACGAUUUAGACUUCUCGGCAGCCAGUCUAACAGGAAAUCAAUAGAAGACGGACAUGUUUUGGUGGGCUUUGGAGUUGUUGAGCAAAUACUUGCCAGAGAUCGGACUCACUGGAGUGUAUGCAGUCGCUAUAUUAACUUUCAUUGGCUUGUGUUCCGAUCGGCUGCGGCACAAAAAGAAAGAAAAAGACGUCCUUGAUUUCGACGAUCAAGUUGGAAGGCGUCUGGGAAUAUUUGAAAGCAUGGUUGAUGAUCUACACAGUUGCGGUGGAAGUUUACUGACGAUUGUUCUUUUGUUGAAGUCCAAAGUUGCCCUUCAGCCGACAGUGGUGCGAGAAGUGUUGGAACUUUUGCCCAAAAAACAUUCCAUUCUUCGCAUGCGAGUCAAAGAAAUCACCGUGAAGGGAAAAGAGAAGCCGCUGAAGUGUUUUAUUGAGAUGGAUGAGCCAUUUACCGUGGAUUUUUAUGUCAAAAAUAAACAAGCGAGACAUUGGGAAUCUUCGUUUGAAAAGGAACUCUUGAGUCCGUUCCAGGCCUCGGACGGUCCCCUGUGGAGAGUUCGAAUGCUCAAGGAAGAAUUUGAAACAACAGAGGGGUGGUACAGUAACACAUUGCUUUUCACUGCACACCAGCUUAUUGCAGAUGACACGUCUUUAUUGAAGCUUUGUGACGACUUUUUAAGUCUCUUGAACACAAGGCACAACAAUAAUUACUUACCAAGUUCUGAUGAAAGCAUGAAAUUAAUUUCUGUACCCCUGCAGGCUUCCCUUUCAGAUCUUCUAAAGCGUCACAUAACCACGCCACAGCUGGACAGGUUGUUGCUUGCUCUAAAGCCAGUGUUCACUCGGUUGCUGUAUAAGAUUGUGGGUAAGCCAAGAAAUCAGUUCACAGCUGUCAUUCCGCCAACCAGCUUGCGUGAUCCUCGUACACUGAAAAAAACCUGCAUCCUUCCAAGAAAUCUGCCAAAAGAAGCAAUUUCAAGAUUUGCGAUGAAUUGCAGAGAGAACAAGUGCACUGUGCAUGGAGCAUUCAUUGCUGUGACAAGCAUUGCCAUGGCAACAAUGUUGCAGAAUGGUGAAUUAAGAAUACCAGUGACUAUUCCAUUGAACUUUAAUGUGAAUGUCAGACUGGAGUGCAACCCACCAAUUACAGGCGAUGAUCUGGGUUGUUUUUCUUUGGACUGCGAGCUUAAGAUGCCUGUGCCAGUAUUGAAAGAAAUGCAAGAAGAUUUCUGGAAAUUUGCACAGGAGUGUACAAAACAGGUGCACCAAGCUGUCACGCAAGGCAGACAUCAUUCUUCUUUGAAGCUUCUUCACAACUUGGAUGUGGACCUUGCAAGAAAACUUCACAAAGCCUCCAAAAAUAAGAAAACAGCAGGUCGUUUAGAUCCUUUGUUUAACGUAUCCAAUCUUGGUCGCUUCAACUUUGGAAAAGAGGGUGAAACAAAGUUUUACGAGUCUAGAGGAGUUUAUUUUGCCAGUGCUGGACAUAAUUUUGGUCCUGUGUUUGGAAACAACAUAGUCACUAUCAAUGAUGAACUGUUUUGGAGCUUUGUGUAUUAUAAUAAUGUGGUUACCCAUGACGUCGCAUGCCAAUUUACUGACCUGGUUUUCAGUACACUAAAACUUGUUUCAUGAAGAAAGUCUUCAAGUGUCUCGAUUAAGCUCAUCAUGAAUUUAUUAUAGGCUACCUUUAGGCUCAAUUUUCAGUGGAAUUUUUUUGUUUUAUUCAGAGAUUUGUUAUUUUUUAGUUCACUGUCAAGUCAGCAGGGGUGGGUGACUAUCAAUUUGUUAAUUUUUACACUUAUACCAUUAGAGAGCUGAUGAUUUACAAAGAAGCCAACUUAAGCCAAGGGAAAUGCUAUAGAGUCAUGUACUGCAAACAAAAAUUAAUAUUGAGAGUACAUAAGAAGGUGAUUCCUAUGUUUUUCAAGUGCUCUUUAAAAAUUUACUUGUCACAUGGCAUUUUGGGGGUUCAAAAAUAACAUUCUAUAAAACCAGAUUUCUUUGAUCAAACAGUGAAACAUGACAUUUGAAAGAACGAUCCCAGCCCCUGACAGUAUACAUUUGGAGGGGUAGAAACUUCAAAAUAUUCGUGUAGAUGAUAUGUAUUUUUUAUUAGAAAAAGGCUCCUUUUGUUGUAAUUUUCCAGUGAGUAAUCUUUUCUAACAGACUUAAACAUUUUUUAUGAGAAAAAAUGUAAUAUUAUUUGGAAAAACACUGUUGCUAUUGUAAAGCAAUAUAUGCUUAGGUACAGAUGUAUUUAACAGGUAGCAUUUCAGCAGAAGAGUUAAGUUUGCAAGCUUAGAGAAGGGGAUAGAGAGGGGAGAGUCCAACCUCAUUUUCAAAGUCUCUCUUUCCACCCACAGGAAUUAGAGAGAUGCAGGUCUGAGGUUGGAUUAUCAACUGGGCGUCAUGGAAGGAACGGAAACUGGGAUUCUAACAGAGCAACCCCUCCUUGUUCCCAUGUCUUUCCCCCCCUUCCCCC